CUCUCACCGAGCCCGUAUGGGAUACCGUCAAGCGCGAUCUCUCCAGAAUCAUCAGCAACCUCAAGCUCGUCGUCUUCCCCAACCCCUACCGUGAGGAUCCCGGCAAGGCCCUCCGCGAUUGGGAUCUCUGGGGCCCUUUCUUCUUCAUCGUCUUCCUUGGUCUCACUCUCUCUUGGUCCGCUUCUGUCAAGAAGUCUGAGGUCUUUGCUGUUGCAUUUGGUUUACUUGCUGCUGGCGCGGUAAUUUUGACAUUGAAUGUACUGCUCCUGGGUGGACACAUCAUUUUCUUCCAGAGUCUGAGUCUGCUGGGUUAUUGCUUGUUCCCAUUGGAUGUGGGUGCAUUGAUCUGUAUGUUGAAGGACAAUGUCAUACUGAAAAUUGUUGUGGUCUGUGUGACAUUGGCUUGGAGCUCUUGGGCUGCAUAUCCAUUCAUGAGUUCUGCAGUCAACCCCAGGAGAAAAGCUCUUGCACUCUACCCAGUUUUUCUCAUGUAUGUAUCUGUUGGUUUUCUCAUCAUUGCCAUUGACUAAAUGCAUCAAUCGGAGCCUCUGAUUACUAUAUUCUCAAUCCCAUGAUCAGCUUGAAUCGGCUUCUAAAUAGGAAUUUUUGUUUAUUGAUCUGAUCAACUUUUUUCAUUCUUUUUCUUUUCCCUCUCUAUUUCUUCUGUUCAAUAUGUUGGCUAGAAUUAUUUGACACUGAGACAGACAAUUGUGUAAUAUUACGUGGAAGAUAUAUAUGAUGGGAUCAUACUUGCUAUGUGAAUGUGAAUAAUGAAUAGGAAUAGGAUUGUCAUGGAUGGACUCAAAUAAUUAAUUUGUUUACUUCUGGUUA